UUGUCUCUGAAGCCUCCCGAGCAGGUCCCUCCCGAGCACUACCGCGACGAGCACUUAUUAUUAUUUUAUUUAUUUGAUGAAACCUCCCCCACCCCAAAAAACAGCAAACGGAAUUGUUCGGGACUUAUUUUUUUUGGUAGUAUUUCUGAGCGUUUUUCCCCCCGCAUCUCCAUUUUUAAAGCUCCUCCUCGGCUCCACUGUAAAUAGACGAAGCGGCAGAAUGACGACACAUUUCAGGAGCGGACCAGCCUUCGGUCUCUCUGCCGAGGUCAAGAGUAAGCUGGCAGGGAAGUACGACCACCAGAAGGAAGAGGAGCUGAGGCUGUGGAUUGAGGAUGUGACGGGCAAAAAGGUUGGGGACGGCUUCAUGGAGAGUCUGAAGAACGGGGUCCUGUUGUGCGAACUCAUUAAUGUGCUCCGGCCGGGUUCUGUGAGAAGGAUCAACAGCUCCGUUCAAAACUGGCACCAGCUGGAAAACAUAGGGAAUUUUGUCCGCGGCAUCACAGAGUACGGCCUGAGGCCAGAUGACAUCUUCGAGGCCAACGAUCUGUUUGAGAAUGUCAACCACACUCAGGUCCAGAGCACGCUCAUCGCUCUGGCUGGACUGGCCAAGUCCAAAGGUUUCCACUCCAAGUACGACUUGGGAGUGAAGUACGCUGAGAAGCAGCAGCGGCGCUUCGCCCCGGAGAAGCUCUUGGAGGGACGCAACGUCAUCGGCCUGCAGAUGGGCACCAACAAGUUGGCCAGCCAAAAGGGCAUGACCUCUUAUGGCACACGGCGCCACCUGUAUGACUCCAAGAUGGCCAUGGAAAACCCACUGGACCAAUCCACCAUCAGCCUACAGAUGGGCACCAACAAGGGAGCCAGCCAGGCCGGCAUGACAGCCCCGGGGACCAGGAGGCACAUCUUUGACAAAAAGCUGGACCUGGAGCACUGCGACACCACCACCAUCUCCCUGCAGAUGGGCACCAACAAAGUGGCCUCGCAGCAGGGCAUGACCACCUACGGGCUGCCCCGCCAGGUCUACGACAACAAGUACUGCACCAACGCCACCGAGGCCUGCUUCAACAACGGGAGCGAGGCGGAGUUCGAUGGCUACCAGUACUCCGACUAAGAGGACGGCAGCCUCCAUCAUUCACCCCCCCCUCCCCUUCUCCCACUUCCUGCUUUAACUUCAGACAACCAAUCGCAGCUGUCUUUGUGACGAGCAAAAACCAAGCGGACUGUUAUUUAACGCCGACCGUCGUCCUCGUCCCGCGUCUCUUUCUAAACGUGCUUUUACUCUUCGGAAUUCCUCGUUUGUCUUUCCGGGAGUAAAAGUAAAAAGAGUGUUCAAAAUAGUGUUUGCACUGACCUCGCGUCAGAGAUUUCAUGGGGCGGCCGACCUCUGUGUCUCAUUGCUCUGAUGGACUUUGUCACUGCUAAAAAAGAACAACAUAAAAGCAACACUCCGAUUUAAUGAUAUUUGCUAUUUAUAGAAUAUUUUUUUUGCUACAGUCUUUUAUACCGUCAUUGUAAUUAGAGAUUUAUUUUUACUGUUGACCCCGCCCCCCCUUGCCUCACCUCCCGACCCUUCCAAUCACGUUUGAGCACUGAAGAAGCAGAAUUUUCCAGUUUUUCCUGAAGGGAAAAACAAGUGGCCGAGUUGGUGCUAUUGAACCUUUUUAACCUGAGUCCAUGUCCACAUGGGAGCGCCGCAGGGAUUAAUGCACCUGUGGACCGGGGGGGGGGGGGGGGAGGGGAGAGAGAGUAGUGUGUGUCCACAGACUGAGCCGAGGGGCCGGCGACGCAGGAGGGCCCCGCAGCUUCGUGCGGGCAUCGCUUUGUUUGAGAGCACCCGCGCUGUCAUGUUCACGAGCUGCCAAAUGACCCACCGUGCCGCUUUCUUUCUUUAACAAGUUUUUGUGUGCAUGUGCACAUUUUUAAGGAAGUAUUGUGUGGGGGGAAGAGAGCAAAUGUAGGUGUUGUGAUAUAUAGUUUGACGUUUGAGUAAACUUAGUCACCAGUA